AUUUAUCUUUGCUCCCUUCUUUGCCUACAUCCAUCUUCCUUAUAUCUUCCCUUUCUUCUUUCACUCAUUCCUACUUUUCUUCCCUCUUCCCAUCUCUCUUUCCGUUUUGCUUUCUUCCUUUAAAUUUUUCCUUUUUGUAGUUUUUAUAUUCAUGUCACUUUCUUGGACAGAUGUGAAAUUCUCCUCAGAAUCCGUCACAUAUGACCCAACUCGGCAGGAGGAACGGAAGAGACGAGGUCCUGACAGUAAAGGUUUCACUGAGGAGCAUUACUCGCAGACGACAGGACGCAGAGUGGGAAUCUUCUCGAGUUCGAGUGACAGAGAUUACUCCUGGCUGGUGAACAUGCUGAGAUCAGAGGAUUUCCGCUCCCAGGUCAGCGCUGUCCGGAGCUGGCGCAUCUCUAAAGACACAGUCAGGGAGUUCAUACAAGAAGUUGGAGAAUGCACUUUUGGGAUUCUCUAUCAAAGCAAGAAGAUGGAGAGAGAUAAGGUCACAACUAUAAAGUCCCGCCUGCAACUGGAAACCCUUUGUUCUAUACUCGGGAAGCACAACGUGAUCAUUCUCAUUGAUGACGUAGAGGACAGCAGUGACUAUGAGAAGUCCCGCAUCCUGAAAACACAACAUGAGGCUGCACAAUGGGCCGCAGAUUUACUUCUUGUGUCGGACCUGGACAAGAUGAUGAGUCUGGAAAUGAUAAAGAGGAAAUUACGGAUACAGAUGCAGAUACAAGGCUCAGAUAGCAUCAUCUCUACAAAUCCGGUCAAACAUGAACAAAGGAAGUCCAGCAUAAUAAGAAGAUUUUCUUCCUUUGGUAGGAAACCUAGGGACAAAGAACAUUACACUUCACAGGGACCAGAAAUAAAACGUCACACAGUUGGAAUAUUCUCAAGAUCAAGUGACAGGGAUUACUCCUGGCUGGUGGCAGAGCUUAGAUCCGAAGCUUUCGAUCAUCAUGUUUCCAGUGUCCAAAGUUAUAUAAUCUCUAACAGCCAAAACUACCAGAAGUUCUUAGAUACCAUCAGCCAGUGCACAUUCGGGAUCCUUUAUCACAGCAAGAACAGAGGACGAGUCAACGUCACCAAUGUGACUGACUCUCUGUAUGACCAGGAACUGGAAACCCUUUAUAUGAUACUUGGGAAGAAGAAUGUGCUGGUUAUCAUUGAUGAUCUGGAGGACAGCAGUAAUCCCCGAAAGACAUGGAUCCUGCAGGAGCAGCACAGCAUUGAGGAAUGGGCCGCUGACCUUCUUCUAAUGUCACACAAUGAUAAGAAGGACAGGAGGAUACUGAGACAGAAAAUGAAUAAACUAAAGAAUCUUCUGCAAGGUCCAGAUAACAGAAGAUCCACCGUGAAGUAUUUUUAGGAACAGAAGACGGCUUACUAUAUGUGAAUAUACAAUCUCUCUGUGAUGGGCCCCUGGACUGGAUUAAGACUCGUCGGGGUCAAUGCUCUGAGAAAGUCAAUGAAAUCAUCAGAAAAUUGGAGAUGAUGAAAUGAAUGUGUUUAAGCAAAAGCAGUGAUUUGUGGUUUGGGGCACUUUUACUUCUGACUCAUAUUGACUCUGGUGGAUUCCACUGGAUGGACGUCUCGUCAGCCUGAGCCCCACAAGAUUUUUAUACAAGACAAUAAAAGUC